GUGUUGAAAUCACAAAUCAGCGUAAUGAAUAUAAAACAGAUGAGCAAGCAAACGGUGACUGUUUAAACAAUACAACAAUAACAACUAUAACAACAUCAACUGUUGAUGAUACACCACGUUUCGCUUACAUUCAGGAUGUACGCUUUCUUAUAACUCAAUUAAAUGAAGAUGAAAAUAAAAUAGUGGAACGUUAUAACUGUUUAAUGGUGCAACUGCGAAAAGAAAAGAGACGCUUACGCUUUUUGAAUAAUCGUUAUCAAAGACUGUCUAAACAGCAAAAUGUUUUGGAAAACUUUUCAAAUAAUUUAUUAUGGAAUGUAACAAAUGGGAUGAAAGAUUUUGAUGGUGAUGAUGAUGUAGGUGACAGUGACAGUGAUCAGACAACUUAUAAUAAUGUUGGAAAUCCUACUAGUCAGAGUAUUUUAAAUAGUAUGAAUGGUGCACUUUCAAGACAAUCAAAGUUUAAUCAACAUCACCAAAAAGAGAAGCUAAACAGUACCAACAAAUCACACCGUACACGUUCUUUAACACGUGUUAAAACUAUGAUGAGGGAAGGCAAAGAUAAAAAUUUCAACCAUUCCAUGGUUAUUCAAAACGAAGCAUUACAACUUAAUCAAGUCGAAGCAAUGCGUAAUUUUUUCACACUUUACACAGUGCAAUCACAACAGUUGGAUGAAGAUGCUAUAACUGUUGGUGAAGAAUUGGAGCAGUGUAGAAUAACCAUCAACCAAUUAACAGAACAACUCGAUGAAAUUGAAUUGUGUCGAAGUCAAUUAAUUUCAAAAGAACUUCAUGUUCUUCUAGAAUCCCGUUCAUCCAUGAAUCCAGAUUUGGAAAUUACGUAUACAGUAGACCAUGUGUCAUGGACACCUUGCUAUGACAUAAGACUGUUGAGUUCCACAGCCACACUAAAAAUUAUUUACUACGGGAUUAUUCGACAAAAUACUGGAGAGGACUGGGAGCUUGGUAAAUUAACAUUAUCAACUGCUGAACAGGAUCAUUUCAACAGUAUACCAGAAUUAACUUUAGAAAAGCUAUCGUUUAAAAAUGAUGAAAGCAACUCCAGUGUUAUUCGUAGGCGUCAUCAUAUUGAUAAAUCAUUGAGAAAGUCAAAAGCCCGUUCAUUUCACGCAGAGGAAUCAACAAAUCAUCUUUCACUAUCAUCAUCUUUAUUAUUACCGUUAGCAGAAACUGAUACUGGACAAUAUCAUAAUGAUGGAAAGAGAGAUAUAUACAAUCGAAUCAGUUUUUUUAGUAAUGAUUCAAGAAGUAGGCCGGAACGGAGUAUGCUGAAUGGAGGAAAUAAUCACAGAUCAUCAUCAGCCCAGCGAUACUAUACACAAAAGAAUGAAAAUGAUUUGAAUUCGACGCUUAUUCAUUGCCCUUCGUCCUCAUUAGAAAGUGUAGUAUUUAAACAAGAUUACGGGAGUUGGCAGCCGAAUACAUAUAAAAGUAAUUCAAACCCUUAUCCUUCGAAAACCGAAAAACCACUAUCUAAUAAUAACUUUCCAGAGACGUACACAAAGAGUUAUUUUCCGUCACUUGGAUUUGAAAUCCCCAAGCCACCAAGAUGUAUCCGAGGAAACGGGGAACCUCAUCGCGUUACAAUUGGUAUACUAGAGUUUAAACCGAGAUUGCAAUAUGUCACAAUACCCAAACAAACACCAAAAGCAUUUUACGUGCCAUCAUGCAUAAUACAUCAAAUUUCGCAUUACUUGAAGGUCAAGCAAGUGUGUAUAUUGACAGUAAUUUUAUUGGAAAGACAAGGCUUUCUGCUACAGCCGUACAAGAGGAAUUCAUAUGCGAACUAGGUUAUGAUCCUGGUGUACGUGUCACUUAUAUGCCGAGACAUAAGUAUAAAAAGACUGGAUCAUUUCUUGGCAGCAAAAUAAUGUCGAUCAUUUUCAAACAAGUUAUAUCAGUGGAAAACAGUUAUCCAAGAAGUAUGAAACUAUUAGUUAUUGACCAGCUACCAGUCAGUACAGAAGACAAACUAAAAGUUCAACUCAUUGAACCUUCAAUCAAAAAUCCUGAUAAAUAUGAUCCAAGUAAACCAGUAAGAAUAAGUAAAACUAAAAUGGUUGAAUGGGACAUUGAACUGGCUCCAUAUGAAACGCGUGAGCUGGUUUUAAAGUAUCUUGUUGAACAUCCUGCCAUCAAGGAUAUAGAUAUCUCAACGCUUGGAAUGCGAUGAUUAUGAUAGCAGAAACCGAACCAAAGUGAUUGAGAGUAACAAAAGCAUGAACAGCGAUAACAAUACAUUUUUCUCUUUUUGUUCAUCUUUACAAACUUUAUUACAUAAUUUCAUAGUUGCUAACCGGAUUAACUUACUCUUUUAUUAUACAGUUUGGAAAUUAAGAAACUGCAUCCUUCAUUUCAUGAAGUUACUAUAUCCGUAUAAAUGGUGCUGAUAAUGGCCAUAGUAUAAACACUCGUCUAUCAUAUUUCAGCUCCACUAAUUAUGCAUAACUUUUUUAAGCUCAUAGCGUCUUAUUGUAAAAAACAUAGAAUUUUUAAAAAUAAAUUCGGCAUUUCACUCUUUUCUCCCGAGUACA